UGGGUGUUUGCCCUCCUGUUGCUGCUGAGGAGUUCAACAUGCGCAGGUGACUUCAGUGUGGUGAAUCCCUGUUGCUACUACCCUUGUCAGAACUCAGGAGUCUGUGUGAGAUUUGAUGCAGAUCGCUAUGAAUGUGACUGCACAGGCACUGGCUUCCAUGGUGAAAACUGCUCUGUUCCGGAGUUCUGGACCAGAGUUGGCCUCAUGCUGAAACCCAACCCGAGCGUCGUUGACUUCUUCCUCACCCACUUCAACUGGUUCUGGGACUUUGUAAACAACUCUUUCCUGAGAGACAUGCUGAUGGAGGUGGUGCUCAAAGUCGGAACAAACCUUAUUCCAAGUCCUCCGACCUAUAACAGCAAGUAUGGAUAUCUGAACUGGGAGUCCUUCUACAACCUGAGUUAUUACACCAGGAUCCUGCCUCCUGUACCUCAAGACUGUCCUUUGCCCAUGGGAACUAAAGGCAAAGCAGUUCUUCCUGAUCCCAAAGUGUUGGCUGAGCGUUUCUUUAAGAGGACCAAAUUUCGUCCAGACCCUCAGGGAGCCAAUCUGAUGCUUGUGUUCAUGGCCCAGCACUUCACGCACCAGUUUUUCAAGACAGACCAUAAAACUGGCAGCAGCUUCACCAAGGCUUUGGGACAUGGGGUAGAGUCUGGAAAUAUCUAUGGAGACAACCUCAUGCGACAGCUUCAACUCCGACUUCACAAAGAUGGAAAGCUAAAAUAUCAGUUAGUAAAUGGUGAGAUGUACCCUCCUACGGUGUCUGAGGUCCCUGUGCACAUGGUGUAUCCUGAAGGUAUCCCUCCAGAGCAGCGUCUGGCCAUUGGUCAGGAGACGUUUGGCAUCCUGCCGGGUCUCACCAUGUACGCCACCAUAUGGCUGAGAGAGCAUAACAGAGUCUGUGACAUCCUGAAGGCAGAACAUCCCACCUGGGAUGAUGAGCAGCUCUUCCAGACCACCAGGCUCAUCAUCAUCGGGGAGACAAUCCGCAUCAUAAUAGAAGAGUAUGUGCAGCAGCUGAGUGGUUACCUGCUGAAGCUGAAGUUUGAUCCUCCUAUGCUCUUCAACUCGCCUUUCCAGUACAGCAACCGCAUAGCUCUGGAGUUCUGCCAGCUCUACCACUGGCACCCACUGAUGCCUGACAGCUUCCUGAUCGACGGAGAUGAAAUCCAGUACUCCCAGUUUUUUUACAACACCUCCCUCAUCAUGCACUAUGGAAUGGAGAAGCUUGUGGAUGCCUUCUCUCGACAGCCUGCAGGACAGAUAGGUGGUGGCCGCAAUUCUCAUGAAGGCCUCCUGAUAGUCUCAGAAUUGGCAAUCAACGAGUCCAGAGAACAACGUUUGCAAUCCUUCAAUCAAUACAGGAAGAAGUUUAACCUCAAGCCAUACGCCUCUUUCUAUGAAUUCACUGAUGACUUAGAAAUGGCCAGAGGUCUGCAGGAGCUCUACGGCGACAUAGAUGCUUUGGAGUUUUACCCCGGCCUUCUUCUUGAAAAGGUACGUCCAGGCGCCAUAUUUGGUGAGAGCAUGAUGGAGAUUUGGGCACCUUUCUCCCUGAAAGGCCUGCUGGGAAACCCCAUCUGCUCGCCUGAGUACUGGAAGCCCAGCACCUUUGGGGGAGAGACAGGCUUCAGUAUUGUCAAAACGGCUACUUUGAAGAAACUGGUGUGCCUCAACACCAAGUGGUGUCCAUACGUGGACUUCCACAUUCCACGAAAUGAGGAGGAAGCAAAACCAAGAGAACCGUCCACUGAACUUUGA